AGAGUAUCGAUUUACAUACGGAAUACACAUCAAACAAAGCUUUCCUAGCGCGUUCUCAUUUUCAUAUUGACUUGUUUACAAACCGCGGUAAAAUGUCUAAUUCAGAAGAGCAGUGCGAAAAUUCAACAAACGACAACCAGGAAUGUCAGGAAAAAAUGCGCAAAUUCAAGGAUUUGAAGGCAAAAACACUGUACGUUACAAUUCUUGUGGGAAUAUUAAUCGCGUUUGGAACAUUUGGRGCUGUCGUGUUCAAAAAAGUUGAAGCAGCAUCGGUUGGUCUUGAAAAAUACGAUGUUACGGCUUUGCCAAGUACGCGAGAGCUGUUACAAGAGAUCCUGGACGACAAGAAAGCGAACAGCGACACAAAUAGCGAGGAGAACUGGCAGAACACAGCUGUAGAAAAGCUUGAGCGGUUUAUCAAAGCAAAAAAUGAUAAUUGGCAGCCAGAAGAGUCUGAACAGUGGGGAUUGGCUGAUUCCUGGCUAUUUGCUUGUACAAUUUUCACAACAGUCGGAUACGGAAACAUCKCACCACUCUCACUGAAAGGACGGAUAUUUUGCAUGGUUUUCGCUGCAAUAGGAAUUCCACUCUUCUCCGUUGUUGCUGGAGGUCUAUCAUCGUUUAUAACAGAUGUAAUACACACGUGUCAUGCAGAGUACCAUAUAAGGAAGCGAGAAGCCAAAAUAACCCAGCAAAAGAAAAACGACGACAUAUCCCCUCAACUCGACGGAAUUCCCGAGCUGAAGCUUGGCUUGAAACACUUCUCAUUGAUCUGUCUGGGAUACCUGUGUCUUGGUGCUUUGUUCUUCUCAGUAGGGGAGGGGUGGAGUUUGUUUGAAUCAUUUUACUAUUGCUUCAUCACCCUCAGCACUGUAGGUCUUGGAGACUAYGUACCAGGACAUGUGCAUCACACRUCCUUCUUUGCAAUCUAUGUKCUGGUGGGGAUCGUUUUGCUUGUCAUGUUUUUUGGUGCAGUUGAAGAGUUUAUCACUGGUUGGUGUCAAAAAGUGAAAGACAAGCUCAAUGUCACAGACUAGACAACGAUGCAUUGCAACGACUAUCGUAUUCUCUAGUAUCUGAAUGUCACAUCAUUACAUCGCGACAUCGAAGUUGUGAUGAAGUUUCAAACUAAAUCCGCAAGCGAAUUUCAAAACUUAUGUGGUCGCUAUACAAGAGUUGAAACAUUUUAACAACGUUUACGAAACUAAAUAAUAGUUUAACUAGUAUACAAAUUAAAAUUAAAAUAAACAUUUUCUAGAACAGA